ACAGCGUGACCAUUGUAUGUCCGGCAUGUGCUACACGGCUUUUGGUGUUAUGCGCGACAGAUGUAAGCCAACCGUCGGAUCCAGCAAUCGACGGUCGGGAUAACUUCCUGCAGCUAGCUAAUUCGGGAGACACCCACGUGCUGUUGCUGUGCUGUCUGCCUGUCUCGUGCGGCCGCCGGCCUGUGGCGUUUUGGGCUUUUCGCUGGCACAAAACCAGGAGCCACUGAUUCCGUGGGCAUUUUCACACGAUUUUGCUAUCCCGCAGUCCGCGCGCGCACCCGUUUCCUCCAACGACUGAUCUGCUGCGAGAAGCGUGGCCAUGGCCAUGGUGGAGAAGACGGUGCUGCUCUACCCUUGCCCUGCGGUGGGCCAUCUCAACCCCAUGGUGCAGCUCGCCGAGGCCCUCGUCCGCCGCGGUGUCUCCGUCACCCUCGCCGUCGCCGACCCGCCUGACAAGGGCGCUGUGCUGGCCGGCGCGAUCGCCCGCAUCGCCGCCGUGUGCCCCUCCAUCGGUGUCCGCCUCCUUCCCAUCCCGUCCUGCGAGGGCAAGACGUACUCCCACCCCGUCAUGUGGAUCGUCGACGCGCUCCGCCUCGCCAACCCCGUGCUCCGGGAGCUCCUGCGCUCGUUCCCUGCUGCCGUCGACGCUCUCGUGGUCGACAUGUUCUGCAUCGACGCGCUCGACGUCGCCGCCGAGCUCGCCGUCCCGGCCUACAUGUUCUACCCGUCUGCGGCCAGCGACCUAGCGAUCUACCUCCAGGUUCCGCAUGUCGCCCGCUCGGCUCCAUCCUCUUUCAAGGACAUGGCCGACACGGUGCUGAGCUUCUCCGGCGUGCCGACGAUUCGCGCGCUGGACAUGCCGGACACCAUGCAAGACAGGGAGAGCGACGUGGGCACGACCCGGAUUCACCACUGCUCCCGGAUGGCUGAAGCGAGAGGCAUUCUGGUGAACAGCUUCGAUUGGUUGGAGACGAGGGCCCUGAAAGCGAUCCGCGGCGGCCUCUGCCUGCCGUCCGGCCGCUCGGUGCCCGCGAUCUACUGCGUUGGGCCGCUGGUCGAUGGGGGCAAGCUCAAGGAGAACGACGCGCGGCACGAGUGCCUCGAGUGGCUGGACCGCCAACCGAAGCAGAGCGUGGUGUUCCUCUGCUUCGGGAGCAGGGGCACUUUCUCGGUGUCGCAGCUGAGCGAGAUGGCUCGGGGGAUAGAGAACUCCGGACACAGAUUCCUGUGGGCUGUGCGUAGCAACCUCGGCGAGGUGGACUUGGAGGCGUUGUUUCCGGAAGGGUUCUUGGAGAGGACCCAAGGCAGGGGAUUCGUCGUGAAGAACUGGGCGCCGCAGUCGGCGGUGCUGCAGCACGGCGCCGUCGGCGCGUUCGUGACGCACUGCGGGUGGAACUCGUCGCUGGAGGCGAUCAUGUCCGGCGUGCCGAUGAUCUGCUGGCCGCUGUACGCGGAGCAGAGGCUGAACAAAGCGCACCUGGUGGAGGAGAUGAAGCUUGGGGUGUUGGUGGAGGGCUACGACGGCGAGCUUGUUAAGGCCGACGAGCUGGAGACCAAGGUUCGGCUGGUGAUGGAGUCGGAGGAAGGGAAGAGGCUUAGGGAGAGGUCGGCGAUGGCCAAGGAGAUGGCUGCUGAUGCCGUCAAAGAUGGGGGUUCGUCUGACAUGGCGUUCGCCGAAUUCCUGAACAAUUUGGGGACGAACAACGUGAAAAGCGGCCCGAGAGAUACACCCGUGCAUGACUGAAACACUGUAGCCGAGUUGGUUUUAGCAGGACCGAGAAUAAUGUUCUUCAGUAUAUUUAGAUUUCGUCAGAUUUUAGAGUUGUUCAUGUCGUGAUGUGGCCGAAUCUGUAUGAGACUACGGUGCAACUAUGCUAGCGCAUCUCAUGCAAAGUCCGGGCAUCCUUACAGAGAACACACUAAUUUAUUUCCCAGUUUUUUCUCCCUCAUGCAACUAUACUUUAGGUUGAUACUUGAGAAUUUGAACUUUGAA